AAAAUAGAAGAAAAGAUGGCGAUUCGUAGGUGACUGAAAUUUGGGAGCGUGGAAGUGGACAGUAUAAGUCGACUAAAAUGCAGGGCAUUACCUUCCUAUUACUUGGACUUUUCUUUCACGUUAGGGGAGAUCAAGAAGACUUUAGAACCAUCAAAUAUGAAGAUCUUGAAGAUACUAUGGACGUAUUUUCUGGGCCAAAUGUUAUUUCCUUUUCAGAGCUUGUAUUUGACAUUCCAAGAUACCAAAUGAUUGUUGGAGCAAGGGAUUAUUUAUUUAGACUAAGUCUGGAAGGCCUCCGAGUUCUAGAGCAAACACAUUGGCCGGCUGCUCAAAAUACGAUUAACAUUUGCAGGCAGAAAGGACAAACAGAGGAUGAUUGUCACAAUUUUAUUCGGGUGCUUUUAAUUCAAAACAAUAGGAUUUUUACUUGUGGAACAAAUGCUUUUGCUCCUGCAUGUUCUUGGAGGGAUGUGAAUGCACUAAGCCUGGCUCAAGGCUGGGAAGAAGGAAUAGCCAAAUGUCCAUACAAUCCACACACAAAUAGCACUGCAAUAAUUACUUCUGAAGGGGAAUACUUUAUAGCAUCUGCCUUGGACUUUUCUACACAGAACUAUGCAAUUUAUCGCAGCAUGGGUAAUGGUCCAAAAUUACGAACUGUGCAAUAUGACCCUAAAUGGUUGAAUGAACCAAAUUUUAUUGCAUCCUAUGAAAUUGGGAAUUUUACAUAUUUCUUUUUCCGAGAAGUUGCAGUGGAAUACAUUAAUUGCGGAAAGGUUAUUUAUUCCAGAGUUGGUCGUGUCUGUAAAAAUGAUAAAGGUGGACAAUACAUUUUAAAAGAAAAUUGGACAACAUUUUUAAAGGCGAGAUUGAAUUGCUCAAUUCCAGGAUCCUAUCCAUUUUAUUACAAUGAAAUUCAAAGCAUAUACUUUGUUGAAAGUCAUCAAGUUAUGUAUGCAACUUUUACAACUCCAGAGAACAGCAUUUAUGGUAGUGCAAUAUGUGCUUUUAAUUUAUCUGCUAUACAUACAGCAUUUGAUGGACCUCUUAAAUACCAAAGCAACCCGAAAGCAGCAUGGGAAAAACAAACGGUUACACAUAAGCACUUUCAGUGUCAAAGUCCUGGAAAUAUGCAGUAUUUAUUAGAUGCAGAGAAAUACCAACUUACUGAUGAUGCUGUUCAGCCUAUACAUCCAAAACCAAUUUACACUCGUGAACUAGAAAGACUGAGUUCUAUUGUUGUUGACAUCAUCUCUACAAAAUAUCACGAAGAAAUACAUGUAAUCUAUGUUGCAACAAUUGAAGGAGAAUUACGAAAAUUGGUUACCGUGCCAAAUACAUCUGAGAGCUGUUUGGUUGAAAAACUUCAAAUUUUUCCUGAGGAUAAACCCCAAAAGAUUCUUGUUAUGAAGCUUCUUAAAGACACUAAUUCCUUAUACAUUGGAACUGAUCAUGCUGUUAUGCGUGUUCCCCUUCAGCGCUGUGAAAGAUUCAAAUCUAAAUCAGAAUGCGUUCUUUCAAUGGAUCCUUAUUGUGGAUGGAAUGACUUUCAAAUGGCAUGUACUACAGCUCCACAUCGGAAUCCUUUAAUUACAUAUUGGGAGCAAAAGCCGAUUGAAUGUCCAAAGCCUAAUGCUCCAGUUAAUGGAGGUUGGGGAAAGUGGGGGCCCUGGAUUCCUUGCUCACAUUUAAAGAGAGGAUCUGCUAAUGAUGGUUGUAUGUGUCAGCAAAGAUUGUGUGAUAAACCUUCGCCAGCCAAUGGAGGAAACCAAUGUGAUGGUGUUGGAAUUCAAGUUGCUAAUUGUACUGUUCAUGGCCAAUGGACAGAAUGGUCUGCGUGGUCUGCCUGCUCUCAAACAUGUGGUGUUGCUAUUAAAAUGCGCCGAAGAAGCUGUGGUAAUCCAGCUCCCAAACAUGGGGGUCAUAACUGCAUUGGCCCUGAUAAAGAUGAAAUUUACUGUGCCACAAAUCCUCCAUGUCCUGCUUUUACACGAUCUCCUAUUCAUGGACAUUGGUCAGAAUGGACAGCAUGGAGCGAGUGUAGUUCCCCAUGUGGUGGUGGGAUGCAAACAAGAGAGCGUCGAUGUGAUGAUCCAGCACCACAAUUUGGUGGACAUGAAUGUUAUGGAUGUCAUCAAGAUUUCCGUAUCUGUAACACACAUUUGUGUCCGGAGCACCGAAAGUCUUCACCCUGGACUCCAUGGCUAUUGGUAAACACCACUAAGGAUGGAUUCUUUCAACAAAGAUAUAGGUCAACUUGUCGAGCCAAUGUUCCAGAUGUGAAUGAUAUAAGAGUCGGGCAUUUGAAGAAAGAAGAAAGAUUUUGUUUAGAAGGAAGCCUUAGCUGCUUAGAUUCAGCUUUUAUUAACAUUGAUGCUGAUUGGUCAGAGUGGUCUGAAUGGUCUCCUUGUUCUGCAAGUUGUGGAACUGCAUUUCAACACCGUGAACGAACAUGUGACAAUCCUCCUGUGUCUGGAAAUGGUGCUGACUGCAAAGGGCCUUCACGUAUGGACAGGAAAUGUGAAUUGCCUGAUUGUGAAGAACUGGAUGGCUGGGAAGAAUGGACUGUGUGGUCUCUCUGUGAUAUAAGGAAUGAACAACAUAGGCAACGACGUUGCAGAAGUGAUGCUUCUAACUCAAAAUACUGUAUUGGUCCUAGUCGAGAAACAAAAUUAUGCGUAGAUUCUCGUAUAGUCAACUAUCAAGCUGAAGAAUCUCAGUCAGUUGAAGAGGAUGGAGUUCAUAUGGAACAUGUGAUACUUGCUUUCUUUGGUGGAUUGCUUGUUGGGCUGUCAUUUGGAACCUGUGGCAUGUAUGUGUUCAUUAAACAAAGAAAAAUCCACGAUUUACCUCGCUUAACCCCUAGAGGGACUGAUGCCAACCUUUAUAUGUCAAACACAGAGUGGAAAGUGACAAGACCACUCAAAGAAAGUCCAGCAAAAAUACUUCAAAAAGAAGCUACGAUAAAGCGCAGUUGCAAUGGAACAUUAACGAGACAUCUAAGGACUCCAUUGUAUUCUGAGGAAAGUUUUUGCACUUGAAAGAACUCAUGUAGUUUUUAGUAUAAAAUUAAACUUCAAAAUCGAAAUGUUAUUAUUUCGAGUUACUUAGUGAUCGCAAGUAACUCUUUUGGAAGUGGUCCAAUUCAACCUAGUCGAACUUCAGUCAAAAAAAAAAACACUUGGCAUUAUUUGUCAAGUUAUUUCAAAGUUAAUUUAUGGAGCCAGACUGCUUAAAAUUUUAUAUUGUGCCAUUUAUUUUGAAAGAAUAUUGCUUUAACAAAUUAUUCAUUCUCUGUCCUUCAAGUCUCACUAAAAUCAAGUGGCUGGGAGGACAAAUAGGCAUGGAACUGCUAAAAUAAUUUUAAGAAAGCAUAUCACUCUUACGGAACUCUGUGGCAAUAACAAGGACUUCAUCAUUUUCAGCAUUCAGCAUUGCUUUAAACCAAUGUUCUUUGUUUUCCAUGAAGCAAUUAUGUAAAUACUUCUUUCAAUUGACUUGCAAUAUUAUUUGCAUAUUUUCAAAACUUUUGUUGAUUCAUUUGUAAAAUUUUAGCAUUACUUAUCAUCGGACUAUAAUAAAUAUGUUAAUUGCCACUGAAAAAAUGGUAUCAAUGGAUAAUUUCCGGACAGCAAUGCAUCGAAGACCUUGAUUUCAAUAUUCAAGUCACAUUUUUCAUUAAGUGAAGCAUGAAAUUCAUUUCAUUUAUGUCAUAUUUGAACAAAAAGUCUUAUUUAUUGUGCCAUCAAGCUUGAUUAUGCUUAUCAUAACCAUCUGUAAUAUAAUUUCUUGUCUUCAUCUGAAAUUGGACUCAUUGUAGUGACUAAAUUGUUCAUUCAACCAACAAAAUGUCUGAUGAGCUGAUGAGCAGCCCACACAGAUUAGUUUCUGAGGUUUGUUAAAGAAGUUUAAAUCUUUUACACUUUUCUCAACGUUUGUCAUUCACAAAAUGUUUUUUCUUCAUAACAGCAUAUUUGUUAGUGAUAAAAUUUAUGUACAAAUGUAUUAUACUAUGUUGCUCAAAUUAUAUAUAUAUAUAUAUUUGCUUUUUAAUCUUGUUUUAUAUUGAAUGUUUGUCCCAAAGCUUGUUCUGCAUUGCAUCUAAUUAAUAAGAAUCCAAGACAAACUGUAAUUUAGUUACUGUUAAAAUAGUUUUUACACAAAUUAAAAGAAAUUUUGUACGAAAAGAAAUUUGCACUCAUUUUUAAAGCAAUUUAUUAGUUCUUCCCUUUAAAUAACAUGUAAAAUCAUUUUAGUAUUGCAAUGCUUAUAUUGAGUAACUUUUAUUAGUCAACCUUGUUAUCACGUCAGCCUUUGUACUUUCUCCAAAAUAUUGUUCUAAGCUGAGUCACAUCUGAACUGGAAUUACUAAAGAAUACAUAAUUAAACUGUAUCUUAAAGAAAAAUAAUAGAUUUAAAAAAUGAAAAUUCAACAGUCUUAAUUAUAUUCAAUUAAUGUAAGUUUGAAUAUUUUAUCUAAUGCAAUGGCUAAAAUGGUAGAUCUACUUUUUUAUCUUUUAUCUAGAUACCCAGAGCCUCUUAACGUUAAAUUUACAUGCCAUCAAUUCAGGAUUUUGGAAAAGUGUCAUGACAUCCAGGUGUCCCGUUAACAAGAUUUGAUUGUAGGAAUGGGGUAAUAGCAAUUAAAUUUGUGGAAUUAUAUACCAUGUUUUGAUAUUCCCAUAAAAAUUAUGUGCAAAAAUUGGUUAGUCUGUCUGAAACGAUUUUACAGCCUCAGCGGAUUAAUAGUCGCCUACAUCGUACACAGCUCUUAUUCUUUUCCGUUAUCAGUUCAAAUGUUGAAUUAAUUGACCCGAAUAACUGCCAUGGGUUGACCUUUUCAUCCAUUCGUCCUGAAAUAGUCAUUGUUACCAAUACUGAUUUGAUUUAAAAAAUAAUUCUCUUAAUUCUGCCAAAUUAUGCCUUCUUGCAGAACUUGAUAUUUGCAGUUGUUAGAGAAUUCAAAGCAUUUUUUAAAGUCUGUUAUCAAGUUGCUUUUGAACAUAUCGUUCAACAGAGAAAAUAGUGGCACAUCUCAAAGGGUUUGAAAAAUCAUUGUAAUUAUUCAUAAUCUUAAGUUUAAUGCUCUUUCUUGCCUUAAAACUAAAGUUAGUUUACAUUUUUAGUGAGUAGUGGCAUGUAAACCAUAUAAUCGUUGCGUCAAACCAUUAAAAUUUCAUAAUUUAGAAGAAAGCUUUUCAAACUUCAACUACGCACUACUGAUCCAGACUACAAAAACCAACCAGUAAACAAAAUGUCAUCAAUGUUUUGCUCUCAUUGUAAAAUAAUUCAAGUAAUAUUGAAUAGAACGUUGAUUUUCUUAAUAUUGUUUUCUGAGAUGUGGUAUUAUUGUCAUCUUUGAGCAAUAUGUGUGUGCUUAUCAGUAGCGUAACAAGGGGUUGGCAGGAGUGGCUCCUGCCAGGGGGCAGCUGCUCGGGGGCAGCAUUUCAACUGAUUUAAAAUAAAUAAAUAAAAAUCUUUUUUAAAAAAUUGAUCUAAUGAGUAGAAAAAUCCUUUUAUAAAAAUUUUAAAAAAGUCUCUCAAGAAAAAGCAAAAUUGGAAAAUAUAUUGCUAUAAACGGAACUGAAAAAUGUUUAUUCUCAUUUGGUUCAAGAACAUACAUUAUUUAUAUUUAUUAACGAAUUGCAAAUAUUAUUGGUUUUAUUCAAUUUGCAUGAAAUAGUGAAGGGAGAACUAAAAUUUUUGGGAAGGAGAGAAUUCUGAAUAUGAAGAAUAAAAUCUAAUUCUACCGAAUGAUAAAUUCGAGUGCACACACUUACACAUGUUACAUAACAUCUACUGCAAAAGAAGAUUGGGCAUCAUUGAAAACAAUUUAAAAAUAGAAAAUAAGAAUAUUAAGGUUGCAAUGUUGUCUCCUAAUUUGUCGAAUGAAUUAGUCAAAUUUUCCUCCAAGAAAUUUUUGGGAGGCAGUGAGGCACCCACGGGGGGAGCUAAGGGGCUUAAGCCCCCUCCCAGAAACAUGAAGACAAUUCCCUUUAACCAAAGAGAGUGUAAAAUUGCGUUUUUUGGCCUUCAGUUUUGGAAAUUUUCCGGGAGAAUCCCCUCAAUCUCGAACCCCCUAGUUUCCCCAAAGAUAACAUAAAAUUUUUUUCAAGGACUUUAAAUUCGAAAAAUUUCCGAGGGAGGGCUACUUGCGCUCUCCUUCUCCUCUAACUGGUACAAAAAUUGCCUAAAGUAAGUUUUGGGAGCUUUAUUUUCAAAUUAUUUCCAGUACGGAACUUCCGCAUUUAUCUCUGUGUAUCAUUUCCAAAAGAUAGCUGCAAAAUCUGUUUUAAGCAGUUUUUAUCCAAAAUUUUCUAUCCUGCACCCCUUGACACACCUAAUAUUAUUUAAAAUUGCGUUUUUAUACCCUCUAUGUCGAAAAUUUUCCUAGGAGAACCCUCGAAGCCUAUCCCCUUAAAAUCGCUAAACAUAGCAUGGAAAUGUAUCUUUUUGGGCUUCAAUUUCGAAGCAUUACCAAAAGUUACCCAUCCAUCUCUUAAUAUCUCAGCAAAUCGUUUCUAUAAUUUCAAUAUCAAAAUAUUUCUGGGCAGAGCUCCUGAACACUGCCCCUCUUCUCCUAACACCAUCAAAGAUAGACCAAAAUAUGUUUUUAAGACAAAUCUCAAAAAAUUUCCUGUUGAGAGCCCCUUAAACCUCACCUUCAUGUCACCACAAUUUCUUAAAAUUUCACUUUUUAAAUAAAUUUUGGAAUUCAGAAAUUUCAAUUUAGCAAUGUUCUCCAGGGGAAAGCCUCUCAAUCUUCCCUUAACACUCCUAAAAUUUCAUUUUUAAGGCUUCACUUCAGAAAAUUUUCGGGGCAGUUCUUCCGAAACGCCCACCUUUGUCUACUCUCUGAAAUCACUAAGGACUCGCCUAAAAUUAUGUGUUCUUGGAACUUGUAAUGGUUUUGUAGAUUUGUAACUUUUUUUGAUGGAAGGGCCUUCUGAAACUUCAUUGAUUUUGCCUUGGACUUCACUUAUUAGAGCUCCUCGCAAACCUUUUAGCCCUUCCCUGGAAACAGUCCUGGGUGCGCCCCUGUUGGGAGGUCACAGUGGCCUCCAGUGACUUCCCAUCCGCACAACACUUGGGGGGGGGGGACAAUUUCUUAAGUUCGCCAGGGAUGCCAGACCCCCUAGGUACGCUACUGGUGCUGAUGAUUGUUCCUUAUUAGAUUGAUGGUGGUAACUCAUUUAAUUGUUAAAUUUCAUGUUAAAAUUUUGCAGUUAUGUUGCAGCACUUUUUAUAUUCCUGCAUCAAUAAUCAUUUAUUGGAGUGUCAUUGUUUUAUAUACAUGUUAUAAUAUUUAAAGAUUAUUUACUGAAAUUUAUUCCCAACCUAACAAAUGUGAUAUUUAGUUGUCCUAAGUAAUUGUUGUGUUAUUUUUUUACCUUUUCUUAUUUUCAAUUGAAAAUGCACUUGUUAUAAAGUACAUUAAGUGUAGCAAAAGCAUAAAUAAUGGGUCAGGAAUAUGUGCUUUGUACUUGCUUUGUUUUAAAAUAAUCAUCCUGUACUCCUAUCUCCAGGGCGUACACAGACAUUUUGGAGCUCAUCACAAAUAACUUUUACAGGGCUCCCCUCCAUGUUGUUUACCCCUAUAUCCCUACACACAUUUCACCUCUCAUUUUAAAAAUCAGGGGCCCCCUUCAGCCUGGAGACACCUGGACCAACAAGUGUCCCCUCCCCAACGUGCACCCCUUUGUUUAUAUCAACAUUCUUCUUUCUCUCUUUCUGUUCCUCAUGAGUCAUUUAACCAAGAUGGCUGACCCCUUGUGCUUUCUUCAGUCUUAUCUGACCGUCAUGGGCUCCCUCCCAUAAAUAGGAUAAAGGGGCUCGAACCCUCAACCCUAGACAUUACUUCUGAAAAUAUUUUAAUAAAUUUUGAGCAUACAUAUCGAACUAUUUCAACAUAAAUCAUUAAUAAUGAAAUUUCUUUACUUUAAAAUUUUAAUAAUCUUAAUCUACUGACUUGCUUUCAGAACUGUAGCAACGCAUUUUAGAUGAUAGAUUUCACCUGACUUUUAUUGAAAACAAAAACCAAAAGAAAAUUGCAAAUAUUUAGCCAACUUUAUUCCUUUUUUGGAUAUUUAAUGUUGCACAAAAAAAAAAAAAAAGUUUGUACAGUAGUCACAUCGCCCCUUCCCCCCUCCUUUAAAACAAAGUGGAAGUGCAUGCAACUCCUUAAAUCUCAAAACUCAAAUGUUUUUUAUUGCAGAUACAUGUUAUUUACUACAAGUUCCUUUCGAUAUUGAAUUCCUGUGGCCCAGUAUAUUGGCCAUGAUGGCCCUGAUAAGAACUGAAGGGUCACAGGCACCAUGCCAACUAGUUGAAGAUCUUCCAUGUUCGCUACUGAUAACGGGUUCAUUUUGAAUUUUUCAAGGACACCAAGUACUCCAAGUUGCCAGUCCAAAUCAAUUACUCUCGGGGGUGCUAGAUCAGGGGUUACUUGGCUCCUUGCCUGGAUUAUAAAAAAAAAGUUGUCUUUAUGGCCCCAUCCAAGCAGUUAAACCAUAUAUAGGGGUAGGUAUGGGAGAUCCUGGAGUGUAGUGUAACAGGUUUCAGCGAAGAGCUGAAAUUUAUUAGCACAAUGUUUUUCUCAAAAAAAUUCUAAUAGUGUAAAGUUUACUUUUCAAUUUUAGAAAAAAAGUAUUUUUAAUGAUUUAGAAUUGAUUGCUAAAUUUAAAAGUUCAACUCAUAUGUGUUGGUUUAAACUAUUUACUGAUCUAUGAUAUAUUUUCAAUCAAAACAUCCAUUCACAUAUUCUUGACCAUUUCGCACUUUUUAAUGCCUGUUAUGUAUCAUGCAUUGUUUCUGAUUGUAUUAAUGUGGCAAGUGACUGAGUUUACAAUGCAUUAUACUUAAAGCAAGAAGUAGCAAAUUUUUUACAUUUUAACUGUUAUUCAAUUCCUAAUACUAGCUCACAAUCACCAUAUAUCUAUAUAUAUAAAGGUGACAGCAUUUCUUUGUUUGUACCCGAUGGCCAGAAGACCCCAUAGCACCUACAGCCCUAAAGCUUGGCACAAAAUUUGAACGUACCCCGGGGAUCUGCACCUCGAAGCCCGAUUUCUAAAUUUCUAAUUAGUUUUUUCAUAAUUAACUAAUUAAGCUGAAAUGUCCCGUUUUUUGCCUAGUUAGGGGGUGAGAAAUCCCCCCACCCCCUAACAUUAUAUGCCAUUGGAAAGAGCUUUCCUUUCCGAACAAGAUGAUGUUUGUUCACUUUCUCUCAAUUUAUUAGAACAGGAUAUAUAAACUAUUCUAAUUGCGAACCUAAUUGAGCCAAUUUUCAAGGCUAAACUUGAUUUUUGUUUCUGGCGCGACGUCAUCUUCGGUAUACGGAUUAAAUGUGCUUGCAGUGACAUCAUCUUCGGUAUACGGUUGCGUUCGAAUAGUAGAACUGGUGGUUGCUCUGUUGUCAUUUUUGUUAAAUUCAUUGUGCGAAUGUUAAUUGGUUUUCUUUUUAAUUUGAAAGUCAUUUGGCAAUAAACAAUGGAGUUGCGGAUUAUUUGUUUAUUUGGCACUUAGGUUUUUUAAUAGUGUUCACGCAUUUUAGUUAAAAAAUAUGAUUACUGAUUAUUUGACAUCAGAAGAGGGGGGAGGUAUCCUUUUUUAAUUGUAGAGUUUUUUUUUCACCUUUUCUCAAACGUUAGCUUUUCUAUAGUUAAAUUUUUCAUAUGGGGUGCAGGAUUUCCUUUUUGUCCUAGAUGUACCAUGUUUUUUAAUUGUGAUGUUUUUCUGCUGGGAAGUUAAAUCCUUUUAUGUACAGGAUACUGGAUUUCCUUUUUGCCCUUGAUGUACUGUGCUUUUUAAUCGCAAUUACUUAUCGGCCAGAGUUCGUUUCGCUCGCUAAUUAGGUGGGUUACUGUGGCGCGGUCACUUCCACCGGAUGUUUCGCUGUAUCUAUUUUAUAUUACAUAUUUGAGUUCGGCAAUUUUGGCGCAAAAAGGUUAAUGACACAAAACGCAACUGGAAAUAGGUAUAGAAAAUAUGAAAAGGAUAGAUAUUGAUUAAUCAAUACCGUUGCCAAAUUUAUUUAAACAGCCAUGGUAGGCGGCAAAUUUGGCGUAAAGACAGGAGGAGGGGCAUGGAUUUUUUUUAUUCUAUGGACUUCCUUUAAAUUCUUAGCACGGGCAUCGCUGUGCAGGUACAGCUAGUUAAAAUAUAUAUCUUGUUCAAAUCUUGCAACUCAAUUUUCAUCCACUUCUUGCGAUCGGGUUCUUGUGGAAUUUGGAAUGCAAUCUCAGAUCCACACAAUGACAAUGUUCUAUAUUCAAAUUACUUAAAUAACUAUUAAAUAUUUGUUUUAUUCUAAUUUUAAUUAACAUUUUUGCAUAAAUCCUCUACUAUGAGGAUGAAAAAAUGCUCGCAAAAAUUAGAAUAAAAUGUUUGUAGAAACCCCUGAUUUUUCUGCAUUAGAUAAAAUUGGUUCCGAUGUUACAAGGUAAUUAGAAUGUGAAUUACAAUUGCUUUAAACUAAUUUCAUGCUAAAAUGUAGGUAAGCCUUCAAUUUAAAAUUCAGUGUUGAUCACUGUCAUUGUUGAACGAUGCUUUUAUUAAAAUUUGUAUUAAAGGAUGUCAGAUUAACCAACUCUUAAAGCAAUAUAAAUAUGGUUUCCACAUAUGAGGCAAGCUUGAUCUAAGUAGGAAUUGUUUUUUUUUUUUUUUACAUAUGACUUGUUUUAUUCCUAACUAGUGGUACUCGCACGGCUUUGCCCAUAGUAGAAAAUUCAAAGUUCAUUUGGUUUGCCUGUAUAUUUACAAAUAAUGGAUGAUGAGUUUCUCGCCAAUUUGCUAUGUUUAUUUGCUUGCACAUAUUACGGUUCCACGUAAUGAUAAUUUGGAAAUUUACUCUCCCACGUUAUGAUAAUUUACUCGGUAAAAUGUUCUUACAAUUGAAAUAGAAGAAGAACAAAAUCAAAUUUUCAAAAAAUCGCUUCAAGGUGCACAGCCCCAUGCUACAAACUAAUUUUGUACCAAAUUUCAUGAAAAUCGGCCAAAUGGUCUAGGCGCUGUGCCCGUCAGACAUAAAGACAGAGAGAAUUUCUCCAACGUUGCACGGAUUUAAAAUAAAAUAAAGUGUUCUCUAAAUGGGAUGCUUCACUUGCCAAAUCGAUUAACUCCAUAAAACAAAAAGUCGAGAAAAGUUAUGAAGAAGAUAGUGUUAUCCAUAGGAGUGAAUGGGCCCUCGUGUUACAUUUUCUGCCAUCGCAGGAUCAGAAAUGUACUGAACCAAAAGCUUAAUAUAAAUUCACAUUCUAAGCAUUGAUUAAGCACUAUUAAAGCUGAAAUGAGGGUUUUUUUUUUUUAAAGUGGAAUUAAUCGGUUUGGCAACUGAUGCAUCCAAAUACUGUUUUACACUCUAAAAUACUUUGCUUUUGAAUAGGCAUAACUACUUAUUUUGUGUGGUUUUUGUUAUGUAUGUGCCUUUAAGAAUGUUGAGCAUGCAAGUAAUGAUAAGCUACCAAGUGUGCCUUUAUUUGCCAUGUCUUAAAUGUAUUAUGUAUAUUUUGUAUAUUUUAGGUUUUUAAUAAAAUUAAA